UGGAGGACAGUGGCUCUGUACUCGUCUUGUUCAACUUCUCGCUCAAGGCAGAGAGAGCCUUCUUCGUCCGGCAGCCGCCGAGCCCGAGAUCCCUGCACCGCUGCCCGACCGCCCGCAAUGGAGUUCGCCUUGGUCGAGAGUGAAUCGUUUUCGCCUUCCUGCCCCACGCUCAUCAUGCCAGCGCUGUCGAUUGGCAACGUGGGGCAGCUCGCCGUCGACCUUCUGAUAUCCUCGGCGAGGGCGAGGCGGGUGGCCUACCUCGACGAGCCCUCCGUGCUGCCCUGCGCCGGCAACGACGCCUUCGGCCCUGACGCCGUCGGCGACCUCGCACUCGCUCUUGAAGCUUAUGAAUCUACAUCUCAUAGGCUGGCUUUCAUUCAGCAAAGGUCUCCAGUUAUUACAGGGAUGAUGGUUUCAUUUGCAAAAAAUGUUGCUGAUUUCAUAAGCAGCAUUGGGAAGAACCAUAUUGUCAUUAUUUCAAGUUUAGAUUCUGGAAAGAGGAGGGUAAUUGAUGCAUCCAGUGACAUGCAGGUGUAUUACCUUUCAAGUUGCAAUGAAGAUGGUUCUGAUCCAGAAUAUGAGAAAUUGGGGUGGAAGAAGCUUGAGGAUUACAAUCCAUCUCACAAACGUUGGAGUUAUCUUGCUAGCCUAGUUGAGGGUGGUGCUCUUUCAGAAGAUAUGGAUAAUGAUACUGAUGAGAUGACAAUAAAUGAUUACUAUGUGAGCCUGCCAUUUGCAGCACUCUUCUCUGCCUGCAAGGCUAAAGGCUUGAAAGUUUCCUGUGUACUGUGCUACUGCUCAGAAGGCGACAACAUGCCAGAAUCUUUCCAGUUAGCUGAGGCAAUAUGUAAACUUCUAGGUCAUGACCUUGAGAAAUUCCAUGGAAAUGGGCCAAAUGGGUGGAUCGUUCCCUUGUCAUGGAAAUCAGUUUAUGGACCACCACCUGAUAUGUCCAUCUUUUAGUGUUGAAUUAUGAUCUGGUGAAGUUGCCAUCAUGGAAAAUACUGAGUUGAAUCGAGGAUGUUGAACUCUUACAUUAGAGAUUAGACCAUGUACCAGAAGUAUCCAGGAAUGUGAGUUUCAGGCGUUUGUGUAGAAGUAUCCAGGAAGGUGAGUUGCAGACGUUUGUGGUCAGUUGGUAAAGGAUUGACACUUGAAGUGUGGAACUGCUCGAGGCACCAUGAUACUUAAACCUUGAAUGCAUCAAUUGGAAUAUUUUCGUAACUGAUACUGUGGCUGCUAAGAGUCAGAUCUUUGUCAAUUCAGGUCUGCUAGGGUGGUUACGCAUGUUGCUUAUCAUGUUAACUGAUACUGUGGCUGCUAAGAGUCAGAUCUUUGUCAAUUCAGGUCUGCUAGGGUGGUUACGCAUGUUGCUUAUCAUGUUCCAUUUCUAUUCCAACCCUGGAAUUCCAAGCUUCCCCUCUGCCCGUUUUGCCCUUUUGGUUUGGUUGAUUUUGAUGUGGUGGGAGAAUCUUUGCUAGUGCGUACCCCUUUAUGAAAAGUUGUCACUGAAA